AUGGCUGUGGAACUCUGCUUGCUGCUGCUGCUGGUUUGUGGAAGUACUAUUUCAGAGGUUCAGCCCAUAUACAAACCGCCCCCUGGGACUUUGGAUUUUGGAUUUGUACCCGCCAAGACGUAUGAUACAGGUGCAUACCAUGAACCUGGACCAAUAGGAAUUUUGUUUAAAAUAGUCCAUGCUUUCCUUUAUUUAGUGCAACCCAAUUCUUUUCCUCAAGAUCUCAUCAGAAAACUAGCACAGCAGAAGUUUGGGAAUACACAGAGUGAUUAUCAAAAGCCAGAAAAUGUUGUCCUGACUCUUCAGGCCAUCUACUAUGAAAUCGGUUUUAUAGUCUCCGCAGCUUUGGGACUGCUCUUUAUUUUGUUGCUGCCUCUUGUGGGACUUUGCUUCUGUAUGUGUCGUUGCUGUGACAACUGUGGUGGGGAAAUGCAUCAGAGACAGAAGAAAAAUGCUGACUGUCAGAGGAGCUGUUUUGCAACGUUUCUUUUUGUUGCUUCUUUAAUGAUAAGUGUUGGAGUGCUUUGUGCAUAUGCUGCCAACCAGCACUUAACAAGUCAAGUUCGAGCGGCAAAGAAACUGGUUAACAGUAAUUUUAAAGAUCUGAAAAUUUUCCUUAACGACACUCCAGCGCAAAUUGACUACUUAGUAAGCCAGUACAAUACAACCAAGGAUAAAGCACUCUCUGACCUAAAUAAUGUGGGACCUUUGCUCGGUAGCAGAGUUCAAGAACAGCUGGGGAGAGAAGUACGUCCUGCACUUGAUGCAGCUCUGACAAUGGCAGGAGCGAUCAGAGAAACUAAGGAGGCACUGGAAAACGUGAGCGUCUCUGUAGAGGUUUUGCAAGAAGGCACUGAGAGGCUUCAUGCAAAUUUAACAGAUGUUAAAAUGCACCUGAGCAACACCCUCAAUGAUUCUGCAUGCUCUGCAGUUCAGGCUGCUUCAACUUGCAAUAUCAUCAGGAAUUCAUUACAUCAACUGAACAUCAAUGCCAAUUUUACUGGGCUGCCGGGGGUGAGCUCACAGCUUGCCAAGGUCAAUGAUGUCCUUAAAACAGACCUUUCUAGUUUGGUUCAAAAGGGUUAUGCAUCAUUUAAUGAUACACCAGACCUAGUGGUGAAUCAAACCAGGAACAUUUUAUCAGAUAUAAAAAAUGUGUUGGAGUCCAUUGGUGCAAAUAUCAGUAGCUUCACAAAAGCUCUCCCUGUUGAGAAGAUUUUAGCUGAUCUGACAAUAUAUCUUACACAGAGUGAAGCGUAUGUUCAAGAUUAUUUCCCAGUAGUGGAACAGUAUGAUUUUUACAGAUGGCUGGGUUGUCUCAUUCUGUGCUGCAUGGUUGUCCUGAUUCUGGUCUUUUACUACCUUGGCUUGCUAUGUGGUACCUGUGGCUAUGAUAAACAUGCUUCCCCAACUACAAGAGGUUGCAUUUCCAACACUGGAGGAAACUUUCUCAUGGCUGGUGUUGGAUUCAGUUUCCUUUUCUCCUGGGUGCUGAUGAUUGUAGUGGUGCUCACUUUUGUCACAGGUGGAAAUGUAGAAAAACUGGUCUGUGAGCCAUUUGAAGAUAAAACUUUAUUCAAGGUUUUGGAUACUCCAUAUUUGCUAAAUCAGCACUGGAAAAACUACCUUUCUGGCAUUCUGUUUAAAAAUCCAAAUAUUAACUUGACUUUUGAAAAAGUUUACAGUGAUUGCAAGGAAAACAAAGGAAUUUAUACUUCCCUUCACCUAGAAAACCUGUUCAAUAUAAAUGAGUUUCUCAAUAUUAGUAUGUAUACAGAAGAUGUAGCACUUAAAAUUGAACAUAUUCAGAUAAAUCUCAGCAAAAUCAUUUUGUUGGAUGAAAUUGGGAAGGAGAAUCUUCUGAAUUUCAGCUCUUCGGGAAUAGAAGGGAUAAACUUUGCAGCGUAUUUGACAGAGAUCAAUAAAAGUGUUACCAAGGUUGAUCUCUUAUCAUUUGCUAAUGACUUAGAAGCAAGAGCAGACCAGCUGCCAAAAGGAGCACUGGAAAAUGCCUUAAAAGGACAUGCAAACAACAUUCGAAUGAUUCAUAACCAGCAAGUUGUUCCACUGGAGCAAGCUAUGAGCACUUUAAAUCAAAGCAUCAGAUUACUGAAGAGGACAUCAUCUGAACUUAUGGUUAAAGUUAAAAAUGUCAUUAGUGCUGUUAAUGCUGCCCAGCUUCUCAUAAAUAACAAUGCUUCUCAAGUGAUUGUACAGGAAACAAAGAAGUUCAUGGAUACCGUAAUUGGCUACUUUGAGCAAUACGUUGAGUGGGUCAAGGAGUCGAUUGCCAUGGAGGUAGCAGCAUGCAAGCCUAUUGCCAAUGUGAUAGAUACAGCAGUAGAUAUUUUUUUAUGCAGCUAUGUAACUGAUUCUGUGAAUACCUUCUGGUUUGGUUUGGGAGGCUCUUCAAUUUUUUUAAUUCCUGCCAUUAUUUUUGCUGUAAAGCUCUCCAAAUACUAUCGUAGAAUGGAUACAGAGGAUGUCUAUGAUGACUCUAUGGAACAGUGGUAGCAGAUACUGGAAACACUAAGGGGUUAUAGAAAUGAGGCUCAAGAUUCAUCUACAGGAAUAUAUCAU